AUGGAGCUCAGUCUACUUCCUCUAAUGCUCUGGCAAGAGGCUUCAUUGGCACACAAAAACGCACCUAAACCUCGUCUGACUGUUAAGAAUAAACGAUCACAGAUAUUCAGAGGAGAUACUGUCGAACUCGAAUGUGAACUCAAGGGGUAUAAUUGGAAAUACACAUUUCAGUGUGGAGAUAAACAGCACAACUAUUAUGAUGAUGAUUUCAAGAUCACUGUAGAGCUCACACAGUCAUGCAAGUGUAAAGUCUGUAGAGACUCAUUCUGCUCUGAAUGGAGUAAUGAUGUGACUCUGACUGUUUCAGAUGAUCCCAUUGUAACUGUAAAGCCCCAGAGUUCAGUGUUCACUGGAGACACAGUUACUCUGAUCUGUGAUGUGGGACGGUCAACUGGAAGGACAAUUUACUGGCUCAAAAACUUUAAGAGAAUAAAAGCUGGUUCUGCAGCAGAAACACUGAGAGAAGUGAGAGUCUCUGAUAGAGGAAGAUAUGCGUGUACUGUAGAUAGAAAGACCACACAAAGCCAAGGAGUCAUGCUAACAGUAAGAGAGAGACCCAAGCCUGUAGUGCGUGUCCAGCCGGAUGGACGUGUGUCCAGAGGACAGACAGUCACUCUCUCGUGUGACAUACAGCAGACAGACGUCAUCAGCUGGAGCUACAGCUGGAAUAAAGAUGAUUCAGAGAUUCAUGUCAGUCAGUCUCAGGAAUACCGAAUCAGUUCUGUUGAUGAAUCUCACACAGGUAAUUACAGCUGCACUGGAAGAGAAACAGGAGGAUCACGAUACUCACACACCAGUGAUAAAGUUACACUCACCGUAUCAGAAUCUUCAGGACUAGUGUUUUCAGAAGCUGGAGUGAUCGCAGGACUGAGUGUCACAUUUCUGCUCAUUUUCGCUCUGGUCUUGCUGUGGUGCUGCAAACACAAAGGUGCAGGAUCUCCAUGUUCCUCUACUGACCAUCAGCCGCAAAACAUCAGACAGACAUCAGAACAGAAGACGAGUGGACAAACACCACCGCAGUCCGAUACCAUAUAUGGACCUUCUUAUGUGUCCUAUGUAAAGAUUCACCUGAAAUCCAUGAAUGAAAUUAAGAAGAAAAAGAAAGACCAAGGAACGGAGAGUUAUGACACUGUUUACUCCAAACUGAAGAUUUAAGGUUCUGUUGCUGGAUCUAUAUGAUGAAUACUCAACUUUCAUCAACAAUGGAAAUCAAAAAUGUACCAAAAGUUGGUGAUUUGGAUACAUUACCCUAACUAUUAAUAAUAUUGUUUAAAUUAUUAAUCAUAUCAUGCAUAUAUUCAUAAUCCAUGACAUUUUAAAACAAGAUUUGUGUCCCCACAACACAUGAUUCUUAUAACUGCUGAUACAGUACCACUGGGUGCAUAUUCAUUCAUCUUACAUAAUUGUUACAUUACUAAUAUGCAUAUGAAUAUUUUAAGAAAAUAGCAAUAGGCCUAUGUUCAUAUGUUUACAUUUAAGCACAGAGCUUCCUCAAGCAUCAGGGUCAGUUUAUGACACAGUUGUUUUAAGAUUUCUUUGGUGAUUUCAAAUAUUAAAUUGUAUCCUAAGCUUAGUGAACAGUUUUGGAGAAAUUGAUGUUUCCCCAUUCAAAAAGAUAGGCGAUGCCUGAGAGGCGUUUUAGAGAUGGCAGCUGAGUGACAUGACUUGUCUUAAAGAGACUUUGAUCAUUGCUGUUCAUAAGCGCCAUCUGCUGUCAGAGAUU